AAGUUUUAAUAUGUAUAUUUGUAUAGUAUUUAUAAUUUAUAAUUAUCUAAUUUCCACAGCCAUUGCUAUUUCUGGUGGGAGUACAGUCGAAAAAUCCCGGCAAUAUCCAUUCUUUGUUACACUAACGAGCCCAACUUUAUGUGGUGGAAGUAUUAUAUCGCUAGAUCCACCAUGGAUUUUGACAGCUGCACAUUGCAUGGAAAGACUUAAUAUCGAGCAUCCAAAUGAGUGUGUUGUUGCUUAUGGGAACAGACAUAGUUCCUUACAAACCUAUACAACUGUUAAAAGAGCCAUUCCACACCCACUCUAUCUAUCGACUCAACAACAAGCUCAACACCAAGUCUUUCCAACUGAUCGAACUAAUUUUAUACCCUAUGAUAUCGGUUUAUUGGAAUUAAAUGAGCCACUAGAAGCCAGUCUCUAUGUGAACCGUAUACCUAUCAUUUUAGAAAAUGAGACUCGUACUGAAGGGCAUAGAACAAUGGGAAUGGGGUAUACAGGAUAUAAAGAGCCUUAUGCAGAUGUCUUGCAGACAACAGAAUGUAAUAUAAUAAAUGCUGAAUUACUAAAAAACAAUAACUUUAAUCAAAGUGUUAUCUUGGCUACCUCCAAUGCAUCCUUAUGUCACGGAGAUUCAGGAAGCCCAUUAAUAGGAUAUCAUGAAAACAAAUACUAUUUAGAAGGAAUUUUAAAUAGGAUCUUAUUUGCCUAUGAUCCAGAACCAGAUGACAGUACGUGUCCAUUUCAUGAAUCCAAUUCAAGUCCUUUUAUAAAUACGUUUGUAAAGCCUUCUAUACAUCUUCAGUGGAUCUUGAAUGUGACUCAGUUAUCUAAAAAUGACCUAACCAUCGAUCCAGAGGCUUCUAAUCAUUAUGAUAUCAAGGAUUCCAACACCUUUAUUUCAUCAAGUACAUCCCUUUUAUUAAAACAUGGUUUUUUAUCUAUCCAUUCUCAAUCGUUUAUCAUCAUUUUUUUACUCUAUUUGUUAUCGUAAUAUUACACUACCCUAUCUAUCUUUGUACAUAUAUUAGGACUUGUUAU